CAUGGAAGGCGAAUUCCCUAGUCAGGGCUUGGGUGACCCGCUCUGCUCCAUGGCAUCCCAGGGUCGUGGUCCUAGGCCGCCUUGGAGGCCCAAGACCGUGAUCCCGGGGGAAGCGUCCGAGACGGACUCGGAAUACUCUGCGUCCUCGUCGGAGGAGGAGGAGCUGUACCUGGGUCCCUCAGGCCCCACGCGUGGCCGCCCCACGGGGCUGCGGGUGGCCGGGGAAGCAGCAGAGACCGACUCGGAGACGGAGCCCGAGCCCAAGGCUGCACCUCGGGACCUGCCACCCCUCGUGGUGCAGCGGGACACGGCGGGGGAGACGUGGGGCACCGAGGAGAUGCCCUUGGCCGCACCCACGCGUUCCCUCCUGCAGCUGCGGCUCGCUGACAGCCAGGCCCGGCUGGACCACGACGUGGCGGCCGCAGUGAGCGGUGUGUACCGCCGUGCCGGCCGCGAUGUGGCCGCCCUGACCGCUCGCUUGGCCUCCGCACAGGCCGUGGGCUUGGCGGCCGUGCACAGCGUGCGCCUGGUGCGGGGAGACCUCCGCAUCCUGGACGAUCGCCUGGACAUCGUGGCCGGCUGCCACCUGCUGCCGGACAUCCGCGGCGUGCCCGGGAUGGAAAACACGCAAGAGCCGGAGCCUCGGGCCUAGCCAGGACCCCCCAGACCCUUUGGGGGACCAGGUCUUGCAGCCCCUGGGACCUGGCGCUGGAUCCCUGGAACU